AAAGCGACGAUUCCGGAUGACGAUCCAGCCGUUAGGGAGCGAGACGCCGUACGAAUGCCCGCUCUUGCGUAUGGAGGCUUGACGGCUCUGCGUUUGCGAGGUGUGGACGCCGAGAUUGCCGGUCGCUCAUUCCGUCCACCAGGAUCCGGCGGAAAAGAGAGUUCAGCAUCGUGCCGCUGCGAGUGUGAGAUGGUCGACCAGGGACUGAACGCAUCCUUGAGCGUGUUUGCCGAGAAAGUCUGGUGA